CUUUAGUAUCGGAGCUAUAUUCGACCUCUUAAAGUUGCAAGUGACAAGAACCAACAAGUAAUAAAUACCAUCUAAUGGUCGUCGUUUCUGAUUUCAUGUCCAGCACCUCAAGCCUAGUUCUAAACAAACAAAACAAAGAUGAUCAAUAUUAUUUUCGCUCUCGCUUUGGUUAACCAUGUGGUCACCGCACUCCCAUCAAUAGUUCUUGAGCGUGCGACAGCUGCCAAGCAGGUUGGGUACAUCAGCGUCUCAGUUGCAACGCUAUGGACCACUUCCAGCAAGCCGCGGCCAUUGGUUGAUGCACCCGCUCUCACAAACCCAGCCGAUAUCGACGGUUGGUUGAGCUCAAUGAAUGUCAGCCAGUACCUAGAUCUCACCGACAAAAGCCGUACCCAGACACAAGCACUUUACGGCGCUCAGGUUGGCAUUAUCAGCGAACAGGACGGAUGGUAUGAGAUUGAAGCUAUAGGCCAGCCAACACCAAAGGAUCCCAUUGGCUACCCAGGCUGGGUUCCAACAGCUCAAGUGUCGCUCGACUCUAGCUACGGCAAGCUACAGUCGAAAAACCCCUUUGCAGCGAUCAACAAGGUGGCCACCGCACCACUAUACCGCGAUGCUCUGAUGAAAGAGAAAUAUCUCGAAAUCUCCUACGACACGCGCCUACCAGUGAUAGCACAUAUUGGUAGACUGAUCCAAGUUGCAGUGCCCGGUGGAGGCUCAGCAUACCUGUCUGCGAAUCAUGCUACUGUGUACGGCUCAGUUUCAAAUAUCCCAUAUCCUACUGGAAAUGACCUCGUUAAAGCUGGAAAGCUGUUCCUCGGCCGCCCCUAUCUCUGGGGUGGCGCAUCAGGCUUUGCCUUUGACUGCUCUGGGUUAACGCAUACUCUAUACGAUGCACAUGGUAUCACGAUUGCUCGCGACGCAGGCUCCCAGGCGGACUUCACUGGCCAUGGAACAAAUGUUGCUCGGUCUGAUUUGCAAGCUGGAGAUCUUAUGUACUAUGCCAGCAACAUUACCAGUUCAAGUAGCAUCUAUCAUGUUACAAUGUACAUCGGGAAUAAUGAGAUGAUCGAAGCCCAUGGUGCUGGAAUACCAGUGAAAAUCUCCCCGGUUCGCUUCGGCGACGAUUAUUGGGGUGCACAACGGUUCCUAACCCAUUAGAUGUGUUGAUAUUUCCGGGAUUGAAGGGGAUUAAGGAAUAUACUAGUCUUGGUCAGAUAGUAUAUACCAUAAAUGAUGUUGCUUGGAG